AUGGCCUUUGCAGCUUCCCUGGCUGAGCUCCAGGCAGAGGCCAGCUGCCCCAUCUGCCUGGAUUACCUGAGAGACCCAGUGACCAUUGCCUGUGGGCACACCUUCUGUCCCUCCUGCAUCCACCAGCGCUGGGAAGGUCUACAGGGCACCUUUCCCUGUCCUGUCUGCCUCCACCACUGUCCUGACAGGAGCUUGGAGAGGAACACCCAAUUAUGUCACAUGAUUGAGAUUGUUAAGCAGAUCCCCACCUCAGGGAGCCAGAGGAAAUUGCAGGAAGAAAUACCCCUGUGUGGGAAGCACCAUGAGGUCCUGACCCUGUUCUGUAAGAAGGACCUGGAGCUGUUGUGUCCCCAGUGCAGGGUCUUGUCAGACCCCCAGGAUCAGCCCCUGAUCCCCAUUGAGGAAGCUGCAGCUAUUUACAGGAGGAUGCUCAAAUUUCACAUGGAGGCCCUGAUGAUGAAUGCUGAAGAGUACGAAGCAGCAUAUAACAUCCACGAAGCAAAAACUUCCUGUAGGAAGAGAUGGAUGACAAAAUGGAGGGGGAAAUUGGAAGAUGACUGUAAAGAACUUAAGAGUUCCUUGGAAAUGCAGUGA